GCCAACUAUAGUACAUCACUGGGGGAAUACACUGUACGGUCUCCAUCUUGCCGGUUUGUACCACGGUAAGAAAAGAGGUUGGUUCUCAGCAGCCGCAGAAAUCACAUUUGCUAGAGAGUAUUCCCCUCACGGCAAUUCGGGAUGAUAUAGGACAAGCGCGGAACAACACUAUAGCGUAUAUAGAGACCUCAACCGGGUAGUUGAUGCUGGAGUGAAUUGCAACCUCGAUGAUCCUUGCAUAACACCGCGGGCAGUUCAUUGAUGAAGCCGUGGCCAUGAAAGCGAUUGUAGUGCACGAAUUUUACGGCUCUCUGGACGAUAUCCGGGUCUCAGAUGUACCGCCUCCACAGCCAAGGGCGGGCGAAAUUCUGAUCCGAGUUGUGGCAGCCGGUGUCAACUUCGUGGAUAUCUUAUAUGCGCAAGGGCUGCAUCAAAACAACAAGAGCCUAGUACGACCCCCCUUCACGCUUGGGUUGGAAUUUGCGGGCAUCGUCGUCUCGUCACCGGCUGCAUCAUCCUUUAAACCUGGAGAUGCGGUGUUUGGGGAUUGCGGGGGGUCCUAUUGCGAGUUUGUGGCGAUUCAGGAAAACUCAGGUUCGCUCCAGAAGAUACCGGCGUCAUGGGACUUUACCGAGGCUGCAGCACUCGGAGCAACCUUACCCGUCUCCUACGGAGCCUUGGUCCUCCGCGGCGGGCUAAAGGCGGGCGAGACGGUUCUUGUCCACUCCGCAGCUGGUGGAAUAGGAGCAAUGGCUACCCAGAUCGCCGUGGCAAUGGGUUGCCGUGUUCUGGGAACUGCAGGUGCUGCAGAGAAGUGCGCAUAUGCCGAGAGCCUGGGUGCGAGCAAGUGCAUCAACUACACGCAGGGCCACUGGUGGGAACGAAUUCUUGAAGAGACAGAUGGUAGAGGAGUUGAUGUUGUGUUUGAUCCCGUCGGUCUCGUUGAUCGCAGUUUGAAAUGCCUUGCGCAUCGUGGCAGAGUGCUCGUCACGGGCUUCGUGGGGUUGGAUGGUCAAAUGGAAAAGAUAGCCAUGAACCGGGUCUUGUUGAAGCAGGCGACUCUGAUCGGAUAUCGAUACGGAGAGUCUCUUCGUAGAGACCCAGACGAACGGCGGCUCAUGUGGCAAGAACUUCAACCUCUCAUGGAGAGCGGCCAGAUCCGGCCAACGGUUUCCCACUGCUACCCGGGCCUUGACAGCGUCCCUCAAGCACUCCACGAUCUAUCUAACCGCAAGAUUUCGGGCAAGGCAGUGAUUAGGGUGAGUGAGGGAGUGACGGGCUCGUCGAAACCGCGGCUGUGAGAGGCGUGGCAUUAGAAAUGAUGGAGAAAUUGGUAACACCUUGAUUUCGUAAGGUCCUCUUAAUAAAGUGCUCUAUGCUCGUUGCUCUGUUGGCUACCAUCCAUAGCGCAUGUCGAGCCUGUCUAUAUAAGUAGUGAGGCAACACGUUAUGGUUCUAGGAGUGGCCGUCAAAGAGCCGCCUCCCCCUCAACCCUGGUGAGCAUCUUCAACCAAGUUGGCCGGAGUAGACCGACAACCCGAAAUGAGGUAUUUGCUCUUUCUAAUGCGGAAGACUUGGAGUGAACAUGACAAAUCGUCUCAACCGCUUUAAGAUACUCCUUCCUCCCACCGAGGG